AUGUCAUCUAAAACAAAAAAGACUGUUACUUCUUCGUCAAACAUAAGUGUUGUGUCAUCUGUGCAGAGUCCACCGCAAUCUAGUACUCCUGUAGGCAGCCGCCCUUCAAGCUCUGCCGGUCGCCCCAGCAGCCCAUUAAGUCCUACAAGACACAGUCGUUUGCAAGAAAAAGAUGCUCUACAAAAUCUCAAUGAUCGCCUUGCGGCAUAUAUCGACAAAGUUCGUCAACUUGAAAGUGAGAAUUCAGGGUUGCGUCGAGAGAUACAAUCUACACAGGAGGUCGUCACACGCGAGGUAUCCAAUAUCAAGGGAAUGUAUGAACAUGAGCUGCAGGAUGCUAGAAAACUAUUAGAUGAUACAUCUCGGGAAAAAGCGAAAUUAGAAAUAGAUCUAAAACGGUUGUAUGAAGAAAACGACGAUUUAAAAAAAAGAUUGGAUAAAAAGACCAAGGACUGCCAGCAGGCGGAGAAUUUGGCUCGGCAUUAUGAAACACGCUACACAGAAGAGAGCAACAAAUACAAUACUGCUCUCGCCGAUAAGAAGAAGGCUCAAGAUGAAGCCCGGGAUUUGGCCAAAGAGCUGGAGAAACUGCGUAAGGUAUACGCCGAUACGCGCAAGACGCUCGAAGAGGAAAUGCUCUGCCGGAUCGACAUGGAGAACACCGUCCAAAGUCUACGCGAAGAGUUGUCCUUCAAGGAUCAGGUGUUCCAGCAGGAGUUGCAGGAAACCCGCACCCGUCGGCAAGUUGAAAUCUCGGAGAUUGACGGCCGUCUGGCUCAACAGUAUGAGGCCAAGUUGCAACAAAGCUUGCAGGAACUGCGCGAACAACAGGAGGCUAAUAUCAAAGCAAACCGUGACGAAAUCGAAGCUCUCUAUGAAAACAAGAAGAUGAAGAACCUGCAAGCGGCCGCCAACCGCAACAGCAACGCCGCCACCGUGGCGGUGGAGGAGCUGCGCACGAUGCGCACGCGCAUCGACAGCCUCAACUCCACCCUCAACGAACUGGAGAACAAGAACGCAGCGCUGAGCAACCGCUGCCGUGAGCUGGAAAGGCAGCUGGAGUCGGAGCGCGCCCGCCACGCGGAGGACCUCGCCUCGCUGGAGCAGGAGCUUGCGCGGCUCCGAGACGAGAUGGCCGCCCAGCUGCGCGAGUACGCCACGCUGAUGGACAUCAAGAUCUCCCUGGACCACGAGAUCGCCACUUACCGCGCGCUCAUCGAGGGCGAGGAGGAUAGGCUGAACCUGACGGCGCAGUCGCCCGGGCGCGAGUCACGAGCGUCGGCGAGCGCCACGAGCGGCAGCGGGCGCGCCACGCCCGGCCGCCGCGCCACGCCGCUGCGCGCCAGGAAGCGCACGCUGCUCGACGAGAGCGAGGAGCGCAGCCUGCAGGACUUCAGCGUCACCUCCAGCGCCAAGGGCGACCUCGAGAUCGCCGAGGCCUGCCCCGACGGCGGCUUCGUCAAGAUACGCAACAAGGGGAAGAAGGAGCUGAGUUUGGGCGGGUAUCAGUUAAUCCGCAAGGCGGGCGACCAGGAGACCGUGUUUAAGUUCCACCGCACGGUGAAGGCGGAGCCAGGCGGCGUGGUGACGGUGUGGUCAGCGGACGUUGGCGCCGACCACGACCCGCCGCGCGACAUCGUCAUGAAGGGCCAGAAGUGGUUCGUGGCGGACACCUUCACCACUACACUCUUCAACAAUGACCAGGAGGAGGUAGCGGUGUCGGAGCGGCAACGGCGGCAGGUGAGCACAAGUGCGCAGCGGCACCGUGAGCUCGCUCACAAGUAUCCGCGUCGCGAACAGCUCGGAGAAAUACGUGAAGGCGAUGAGAACUGUCGCAUAAUG